CCUGACAUUUGGACCAGGUACAAUCAGAUAGCUUCUUGGCGAGAUCGGUUUCACGCUCAGUAUUUGGGGAGAAUUUAGCAGUAGGGUUCUCUAUAGAGGUUUGAGGAUUAUAGGACCUUUCAAAUUGUCAGGUUACUUUUUUUCUCUUUUAUAAAAUUGAGUGCAUUCUCAGUCUUAGGAGCGGGUGGUAAAGCUGAUUUAAUGCGUUUCCCAUCUUACCAGGUUUUAAGGUGAAGCAUGGCUUACCAGUGAUGGAACUGCAGAUGUUGAGUGUCCUGCUGAAUUUUCACUACAUUUCUUUCAAACAUCAGAUGCUUCAGUUUGGGUUCCUUGUACUGGGUUGGGACACUGUGUCUCAAAUCAGUCUAAUUUAUCAGAAUGUGUAUUAGUGUGCUUUAAAGCCAGGAGCUGUCAAGGUUUAUGUAAUCAACUUAUUAAUUUAUGAUCUUAUUACAUUGCUUUCCAGAUUUAUAAAACCAUUCCCUUAAGGAAAUCUGUCUUCAGCGUCUGCUUAAAAUUUCUCUUGGAAUUGGAUUCCUGAGGAGGAAUGCACUGUACAAGUGGUGAUUUAAGCAUACUAAUUAGACAAGUUUCUGUAAAAAAAAAAAAAAAAAAGAAAAAAAUGCGUAUUGAUUCUUUUAUCUGACUUUUGUGUUGUCCCUAUUUGGAAAAUAGAUGACAUUCCUAUUUUACAGAACUAGAAAUGAAAUUACAUGACAUUCCCAAGGUCACAUAUUGAAGCAGUGUAGUAACUGAAAAAUUAAGUGCAUGGUGCUAACUUUUUUUAUACAUCUUCAAGGUUUUCCAGGCAGGGAACUUUGAGUGUCACCUUUGUCUUUUUAAAAUCUGCCCAGUUUUUAUAUUAUUUUAGGCACAGAAAUGAUUCUCACCCUAUUAAUUUUUCACUAUUAAGAGGAAACUUUUCAGUAUUGUUGCAGUAAGAUCCAUUAGUUUAAAACAUACGAGAACUCAGAAGUUAUCCUAAUUUUUAUUUUUCUGGAAUAGAAAUAUAAAUUGGACUUUAUAUUCAGAUUUCAUCCCAUAGUCCUAAAAGGAAGGUUUUUGUAUGUCCUUAGUAAAGUUGAGGGGCUUUCAUGAUACUUUUACUGGUCACAGGAAAUAGUCUUUAUCUAACCCUUACUGUGGGUGUUUGUUUCUGUCAUACAGAAAGUGAAACUAAAUGGGAAAGAAGUUACUUGUCUUUGGAGAUAAUUAAACAGCCAUGGCUCUAGGUAUUGAUAUAAAUAAGGCCUGGUGUCUCCCCUGUAGCAGCUUGUCUGGGCCUAAGAGCUCAGUAGCUGCCCAGGAAGAAAAGGGCACAAGUGAACUUUCCGCAUGAUCAGAAUUUUAGGAAUUAAAAACAUAGAUGAGGAACUUGCCCUGUUUUAACUGCAUGCACGCUGUUUGCUUAAGUAGGAGAAGACAGAGUUUUUAACCAGGAUGCUUUUCUAAUAAAACCGUUCUUCAUAAUUUAGGUAUUUGUGUGUGCAGGUAAAUUCUUAGAGCAACUUAGGUGGAAAAGUUACUUGAGUAGAUUCUGGAAGUUUUGAAGGUAAGCUUAACCCAUGCCAUAUUCACGGCACCUUUGCGUGCUUAUUUUCGCAGCCCUGGGUUCUGGGCAGCAAUGUGGAAUUGAGUAAAAACCGGUUCCUGCCUUUGGGCGCUCGCUUCCAGGCUGUCAGGGCCCCUGAAGUAAACGCUAACAGUGGGAUCCAACGACUGCCGUGCCGAGGCUUAGGCACAGCUCUGUAGAAGCACAAAGAUGGGAGCAAGGAACGGUCUGACUUGGGAAUGCUUCACGGAGGAGGCGACGUUGAACUGGUCCCGAGGGACAGGUAGAGAGAGCUCCCAGGCAGAGAAAAGGGGAAGGUGCUCAGAAGGUUCAGGGAGGAUGAAAAGAUGAGGUGGAGUGGUGGAGGAAGCACUGCGAUCCGAGUGGGUGAAAGGGAGCGGGGGUAAAGACAGUUCUGGUUUUAAAGAACGUGAAAAGGAAGGGAGAAGCGUGGGCCAGGAGCUUUGGGCCUGGAGAGGGAAGGGUUUUGGUCUUUUGUUUUUGUUUAGAAACGGCUGCUGCAAAAUCUCCCCGGCUUAAUAGCCUCGCAAGGCACUGGAAGUGUGUCGUCUGCUCUGGCUGAUCUGGAGCUUCGUUAUUCGCACUGGAUUGUUUCCUCAUCUGUUUUUCUGCACAUCUGCCCUGGGCUGAGGCCUCCUGUCCCGUGGGAAACCGUUUCUUGCCGGUGGUAGGGGAGGAGCCUGUCUAAAAGAGGGUUCCUGCCGUACCUUCCGUGAACGUUCAUUUCUCUGCUGCUUCCAGAACCUCCUGAGAUCCUGCUUUGGCACCUCCAGCACUUGGCCUCUGCUCAGAUGUCCGUGGCGACACUGAAAAUGAAUUCCUUAUUUUCACCAAAUAUUCUUAUAUGAGAAGAUCCAUUUUGAACAGUCUAUAUAUUUUUUCUUCUGUUGGACCAGCAUGGCAGGAUUCAAGCGAGGGUAUGAUGGAAAGAUUGCUGGAUUAUAUGAUCUGGAUAAAACCUUGGGUCGAGGUCAUUUUGCAGUGGUUAAACUUGCCAGGCAUGUCUUUACAGGUGAAAAAGUAGCAGUCAAAGUUAUUGACAAGACAAAAUUGGACACUCUAGCCACCGGUCAUCUUUUCCAAGAAGUGAGAUGCAUGAAACUAGUGCAGCAUCCCAACAUCGUACGCCUUUAUGAAGUUAUUGACACCCAGACCAAACUCUAUCUUAUUCUGGAACUUGGAGAUGGAGGAGAUAUGUUCGAUUACAUAAUGAAACACGAAGAGGGACUUAAUGAAGAUUUGGCCAAGAAGUACUUUGCUCAGAUCGUUCAUGCUAUAUCUUAUUGCCAUAAACUCCAUGUGGUUCACAGAGACUUAAAACCAGAGAAUGUAGUCUUCUUCGAAAAACAAGGUCUUGUAAAGUUGACAGACUUUGGUUUCAGCAACAAAUUUCAACCAGGGAAGAAGCUCACAACAAGCUGUGGAUCUCUUGCGUAUUCUGCUCCAGAAAUUCUGCUUGGUGAUGAAUAUGAUGCACCCGCAGUAGAUAUUUGGAGUCUGGGAGUGAUCCUUUUCAUGUUGGUGUGUGGACAGCCACCCUUUCAAGAGGCCAAUGACAGUGAGACAUUGACCAUGAUUAUGGAUUGCAAAUAUACAGUACCAUCCCAUGUGUCCAAAGAGUGUAAAGACCUGAUCACACGGAUGCUACAGAGAGAUCCGAAGAGAAGGGCCUCCUUGGAAGAGAUUGAGAAUCAUCCUUGGCUUCAAGGAGUGGACCCUUCGCCAGCCACAAAGUAUAACAUCCCCCUGGUGUCAUACAAAAACCUCUCAGAGGAGGAACACAACAGCAUCAUUCAGCGCAUGGUGCUCGGGGACAUAGCGGACCGAGACGCCAUUGUGGAAGCCCUGGAAACCAACAGGUACAACCACAUCACGGCCACAUACUUCCUGCUUGCUGAAAGGAUCCUGAGGGAGAAACAAGAGAAAGAAAUACAAACCAGAUCUGCAAGCCCUAGCAAUAUCAAGGCCCAGUUUAGGCAGUCGUGGCCAACCAAGAUCGACGUGCCCCAGGACCUGGAGGAUGAUCUCACGGCCACUCCUCUGUCCCACGGGACCGUCCCUCAGUCUCCUGCUCGGGCUGCCGACGGCGUCCUCAACGGCCACAGGAGCAAAGGCCUGUGUGACUCCGCCAAGAAAGACGACCUCCCCGAGUUGGCCGGACCGGCGCUCUCCACGGUGUCACCUGCGAGCUUGAAGCCCACGGCUGGCGGGCGCAAGUGCCUGUUCCGGGUGGAGGAGGACGAAGAGGAAGAUGAGGAGGACAAGAAGCCCGUGUCCCUCUCCACGCAGGUGGUUCUGCGCCGGAAGCCCUCGGUCACCAACCGGCUGACGUCGAGGAAGAGCGCGCCCGUCCUCAACCAGAUCUUUGAGGAAGGGGAGUCCGACGACGAGUUCGACAUGGAUGAGAACCUGCCUCCCAAGCUGAGCCGGCUGAAGAUGAACAUCGCCUCCCCGGGCACCGUGCACAAGCGCUACCACCGCAGGAAAAGCCAGGGCCGCGGCUCCAGCUGCAGCAGCUCGGAGACCAGCGACGACGACUCCGAGAGCCGCCGGCGGCUGGACAAAGACGGCGGCUUCACCUACUCCUGGCACCGGCGGGAUAGCGGCGAGGGGCCCCCCGGGAGCGAGGGCGACGGCGGGGGCCAGGGCAAGCCGAGCGACGGCGGCGGCGGCGCGGACAAGGCCAGCCCGAGCGAGAGCGGCGCGGGCGGCGGCAGCCCCGCGGGCGGCUCGGGGGGCAAGCCCACGGGCACGUCGGGCAGCACGCGCCGCUGCGCCGGCCCCGGCCCCGGGGAGCUGGUCCAGAGCCUCAAACUCAUGAGCCUCUGCCUGGGCUCGCAGCUGCACGGCGGCGCCAGGUACAUUCUCGACGCGCAGGGCGGCUUGCCGUUCUCCAGCGUGAAGGUGCAGGAGAAGUCCACGUGGAAGAUGUGCAUCAGCUCGACGGGGGGCGCGGGGCCGGCCCCCGGCGCGGGCGGCGUCAAGUUUUUCUCCGACCACGUGGCCGACGGCGCCGCGGAGCUCGAACGGAUAAAGAGCAAGAACCUGAAAAACAACGUGCUCCAGCUACCUCUGUGCGAAAAGACCAUCUCUGUGAACAUCCAGCGGAACCCUAAGGACGGGCUGCUGUGCGCCUCCAGCCAGGCCAGCUGCUGCCACGUCAUCUGACCGCGGCCCCGCCGGCCCCUGGCCCCCGCCCCCCGCCGCCCGCCGCCCGCCCAGAGCGGUGCGGCCCGGCCCGGCCCGGCCCGGCCCGGUCCGGCCCGGCCCGGCCCGGCCCGGCCCGCCCCGCCCCUCCGGCCGCUCUCCGCGCUUCCUCCCUUCGAGGGGGCGUUCGGAGCAGUUAUUUAUUACCUUCGCGUUUGUUCGCCUGCCGACGUGACAAUGCAUGGUCUUUGUGCAUGCUGCUAGACACUGCUUUUCUUUUCCAGCCGAAAAGUCUCUUGUGUCAUUUUUACAUUUAUAAUUUUAAUGUGGAUGAUCAGGAUUAAAUUAAAAUGUAUAUUUGGGACCUAAGAUACACGGAGCACUUAGAAAUUGGAUGUCCUGCACUUAAUCUACGGAGAAAAAAUGCUUCUGUGUCCUUGUGAGAAACGUAAAUUCCCGUCCUGACCUUCUGCGAGAACGGAAACUCCGUGCCCUGAGGCACACGCCGUGCUGUCCGAGACCGAACCAAAGCAAUAACGUUGUGUUGCCGCCGGGCCUGGAGCCUGCGAGCGAGCGAGCCAGCGAGCAAGCGCGUGCGAGCCCCGCCUCCCGAGGCCCGUGAGGGGCGGAGUACAGCGAGCGUCUGCACUGAGAACCUUAAAACCAUGAUUUCAAUACACCCACACCUGUUUGUCUUAAGCUCUAGUGUGAAAACAAGGUUGGGCUCGUAAAAUUUAACUGAAAAAGAUUUUCUUGUUUUGUACUAGGUGAGAUAAAGUACUUAGAUUUAUAAGGCAGCUUCCCCCGUAGUGGUAAAUUACAAGCAGACAAUCUUAUUUUGUAACGUGAUGAAGUGAACUGAUGGUGUCUUAACUCUACCUAUAGAGUGUACGUCUGUCCAACAGAACAAAAAGAUGCUCGGUGUAAAUUCCUUCCCGUAGGGCACAUCCUAGGGUUUCCUUGAAAACCUUGUAGAUAGAAGAAACUGUAGGGCCUGAUAUGGAAGCAAAGGUGCACACAGAGGGUGGCAACGUCAAAAGCCUAUAAAUUAAAAAAAAAAUUACUGGGAUGUGAUCUUUCGCAGUUUGGUAAUUCGGUGGUCUCUUCUGUUUUUUCCAUUCGUCUAUGUUCUCUGGCUGUCCAGUAAGCUACGAGAAUUGGCUGAUCAAAAAAUACACCUAUAAAAGAGUGAAAUUCACACGUACAGCAGACAAAACGCACAAAGCCUGCUUUGUGUUUUGUUGUUGUUUUGGUUUUCUUCUUUUUUUCUUUUUCUUUUCUGGAGGUGUUUUCCACUUUGCCUUCCUGCCAAAACAAUAAUCGAAGAACUCUUGCUUUAAACUGUUCCUGUACAAAGGCGACUUUUGACCAGAUAAUCCUCUUUCGUGGCGUCUUGUCUCGUAAGACGCACUAUACCGCAGAUGGCUAACUUUGAGAGAGGCCGGAUGCCGCCUCUGCAAGCUGUGCCCCGGGGGGGGUCUUCAAAGCGGUGCUUAUCCACACCGGGGGUGGGUGGGAUGCGGCCGGGCCGGGGGUGGGGGGCCUUCCCACUCCCAGCAGCUUCCCUUCGUGUCUCUGAAGUGACCGUCGCUUUGUCCGCAGAGGGGGCAGAGCACCCAAGGACUGCAUUCCAUGGCUCUCGGCUCCUCCAAGUACACGCUGACUGUGCUACUCACGAUGCGUAUAGUUUAGUCCGCACUGGGGAAUUUCACAGUAUACUUACUAAACUAAGUAAAGGUGAUACUUAAAAUACUUCUUUUACUUUCUAGACCUAGGCUAGAUAUGUUUUAAGCUACAGCUCUAGUUCAUUGUGAUAUUUAUAACUGAAAGCUACCAGAAAAGAUGUGUGGGUGAAGCCAUAGAACAUAUUUGCUUGAAAUUCUGAGCAGGGAUCUUAUAAAGGGCCAGAAAUAAGAUGUGUGGUUCACAUAGACAGUGAGCGUAACAUCUGUAUUAAACGUAGGAGAGAAGUUUCUAAAGGGCAUUGGCAAUAAACUCUUUGUUGCAGCUGUUUUCCAAGUAAUGUAAAUACUUCUUCCUGUGAUUAUGUAUAGCCUUGGAAUGGCACCUUUUAACUAACCCACGUGUGUUUGGUCUCCGAUGGUUUUUUAUAUUCCGACGUAUAUGUGGUGCUCACUCUAGGAGCGGCAGUGUUGACCGUUCAUGCUGCACAGCUGUAUCAUAGAGCCUUAUUAGUCGCGUGUGCUUGGUUGGCCCUCUGGGUGUACAGAGGUCAGUCUGAGUGGCGUCUUACUCACCUGUUCGUAAGUGAAUGACUGUGCAUGUGUUGUAUGUCAUAGUAUGUCGUCACAUAAAAGGGAGGGAGCAGAUAACCGUUACAUGAAGAUAAUAUGGGACCAAACUCUUUACUAGCUCUAAACAGUUUCUUGUACCCCUUAACCUGUCUUCAGAAGUUGCAUAGAGUUAUAGUAGUGUGUAAAUUAAAUAUUGUGGAAAAACAAUUAGUCUUGUAUUUUUCUGUACGUGUGUGUACAUAUAUUAUAUAUAUAUACACAUAUAUAUAUAUAUAUAAAAUUAUGUACUUCUGGCAAUUCUAUCUGUAUUUAAAGAUGUGACAAUCUCGACACCGAUCUUAAGAAUAGCCGUGAGACUGAAUCGAAGUAAGGGUCUCCCUACCAAGUAAGAACCGAUGUGUGUUAAGAGGGUACAGAAUCAUCAGCUGAUUUGGUCGGUUGCUUCCACUGCUGGUGGAUUUUCCUCAUUGUGUAAACAUUGACAGGUAUGUGACAGAUGGGAAGAAACAAUCCAAAUAAUAAAGUGGCAUAUUGGUGUUCAGCAAUA